CUUUUUCUCCCACAAGUAUUCGCUAUCCCUAUCCUCUACUCUUCUCCCCGAGAGAAAGAAGAAGGGAUAAAUAAAUAAAUAAAUAAAUAAAAUCAAAUGGGUAGCUUGAAUUCAAUGAUGGGUUCAUUGGGUGGAGGAAUUGGAGGAGAAGCUCGAAGGGCUCACGCAGCCAUGGCGUUGGUCCAGGUCAUCAACGGCGGGUACCACGUCAUCACCAAGGUGGCGCUCAUUGGGGGCAUGAACCAAGUUGUCUUCUGCGUCUUCAGAGACCUCAUUGCUAUCUCUAUCCUUGCUCCCCUUGCCUUCUUCCGUGAGAGAAGGGUCCGUCCUCCACUUACAUUUCGCCUCCUUGCAUCCUUUUUUGUUCUCGGGCUCAUUGGGAUCUUUGGCAACCAGCUUUUAUUUCUUAUUGGUUUGAACUACACAAAUCCAACCUAUGCUUCUGCUAUUCAGCCUGCAAUACCAGUUUUUACAUUUAUCCUGGCUGUAAUUAUGCGUACUGAGACAGUCAACUUAUUUACAACUGAAGGCCGUCUGAAGGUUAUAGGGACCCCUGUCUGUGUUUUUGGUGCAAUUUUGAUGGCUGUGUAUAGAGGUCCAUCUAUAAUUGGAAAGAGCAGCAUAGACCUAGCAACUGAAAAUGUGAAUAUUAUAUCUCACCAUUCUGAUGAUAUUGGGUGGUUAGCAUCUCGGUUGAUUAAGUUUGGUCUUACGCACUGGCACAUUGGUGUUUUGUGCUUAAUUGCAAAUUGUUUCUGCAUGGGUGCUUAUCUCGCUUUACAGGCUCCUGUGUUGAAGAAGUAUCCAGCCAGCUUAUCUUUAACUGCUAAUGCAUAUGCCUUUGGGGUGUUCUUUAUGCUCUUGUCGGGAUUAAUUGCAAGCAAUGGUCACGAGGACUGGACUUUUACGCAAUCUGAAAUCAUUGCCAUUCUUUAUGCUGGAAUUGGUACAUCUGCUAUCGGUUAUGGGCUAAUAACCUGGUCUAAUAAAAUUCUAGGGCCUGCGUUGGUGGCUCUUUAUAAUCCUCUUCAACCAGUAAUAUCGACUUUCUUAUCAACAAUAUUCCUCGGGAGCCCGGUCUUUCUUGGAAGCAUUAUUGGGGCAAUUUUGAUUACUUGCAGCUUAUACAUGGUCACUUGGGCUUGCUAUAAAGAGAGAGAAGAUAUGCUUGUCCCUGAUCCAAAUUGUGACACUGAACCUUCGGUUAACGAGGACACGCCACUUAUCAAAGGAAACACUGCUCGUGGCUCUUCAGUGGUCCCCUAAUUAGUACAUCAACUCAUUCUGUGAUUUCCUCUUUCAUUCGUAUUGUUGUAAAUUAGCAGCAUCCAAGGUUACUUUCUAUGGUGCAAACCUGCUUCAGAAUUGGAACAGAAUCCUUUGGUUGACUGUGACUCACAUCUGAAGGCGAUGUUGGUCAGUUUGCCAAAUCGUCGGAGAAUUCUGAAUACAACUUCUUGAUACGAAGUGGUGGUUGUUUUCAGCAGCAUUGUAGUAGUAAUAUCUCAUUCAUGAUGCUUCUGUAUAUGAAAACUUUGCUAUUGGUACUUUGAUGUAUCUGGAAAUUUGGAUACCAUUGUUUUCGGAUGUAUUUAUUGUAUUUGGGUAUUAAUGGAAUAUAAAAAAGAAAGACGCAUGACUAUGCAUUUA